CAGUUUCAGCUGUUCCAGGUUUCAGCCAGCUACCUUUCUGCUAUUUCAGAGUUCACACUAUUGUAUUUGUAUUGAUUUUUCGUUACCGGUUUUCAUUAAUUUGUAUUAAUAACUAUAACUUCAUUUGUGAUUUCAAGUGAAAGAAAAAAACAUGUCGAAUCUUAUAAAUAGAGAAGAAGAAGAUAAGAAGCUGCUUCAGCCUUUCCAAUAUAUCCUGCAAGUCCCUGGCAAGCAGAUACGGGCCAAACUGGCCCAAGCCUUCAAUUACUGGCUUGACAUACCAAAUGACAAGCUCAUGGCGAUUGGAGACAUCGUUCAAAUGCUCCACAACUCUAGCCUUCUAUUGGAUGACAUUCAAGACAACUCAGUAUUGAGGCGGGGUAUUCCUGUGGCCCAUUCCAUCUACGGUGUGGCCAGCACCAUAAAUGCGGCUAACUACGUUAUAUUCCUAGCUCUGGACAAAGUACUUAAACUCGAACAUCCCGAGGCUACCACAGUUUACACAGAACAACUAUUGGAGCUACACAGAGGCCAAGGCAUGGAAAUAUUUUGGAGGGAUAACUAUACCUGUCCAUCAGAAGAUGAUUACAGAGUCAUGACAAUGCGCAAAACUGGCGGUCUCUUCAUGCUUGCUAUUCGUCUCAUGCAACUGUUCAGUGAGAAUAAAUCGGACUUUUCCAAUUUGACAGGCAUAUUAGGCCUCUACUUCCAAAUUAGAGAUGAUUACUGCAAUCUACGUUUGCAAGAGUACUCGGAAAACAAGAGCUUCUGCGAGGACCUGACAGAAGGCAAAUUCAGCUUCCCGAUAAUCCACGCCAUCCAAAGCCAACCGACCGACCACCAGGUGAUUAAUAUUCUGAGGCAGCGCACUCGGGACCUCGACGUGAAGAAGUACUGCAUCACUCUGCUGGAUAAGUUCGGCUCGUUCCACUACACACGUGAGACGCUACAGCAGCUGGACGAGGCGGCGAGGGCCGAGGUGUCCCGGCUUGGCGGCAACCCGCUCAUGGAGGCCAUACUCGACGAGCUUCUCAGCUGGAAUAGGACUGACAAGGAUUAGAAAUUCUUAUAACUACUGUAUGAGUGACGACAUCGCAGCUAUCUAUUCUAACUCAUACUGGACUCUACCAUCGCUUUGCUUCUGUGAAGAUCCUUCAAGUGUAAGUUUUAUUGUGGGAAUACUGCAAUGUCAUUAGUUCAAUAUUUGUCGUUCUAUCCCACUAUUUCAUCUCUCUCCAACAACCAGUAUUCUCUAUAAUUUAAGAUUCAGUGCUUAUCUUUUCAGGAUCAAGUUAUGAUCAAUGAUUAUAUUUUUAAAUAGGAGUAAGCUACCUAAUUAUUGACAGCUUCGAUGAUAUUUUGGUUGUAUAAAAAAAAACUCUUCUACUACUUUAUCAUGUCUUAAUAUAUCAGGACUUAUAGGACUUCAUUCAAAAAUAGGCAAAUAGCAGAUUCUCAUUAGGAGUAAAUAAUUAUCAUGUAGUGAGUUUGUGAUCUUAUCUUUCCAAUAGUUUAUAAUAUAUCUGAUAAUAUUGUAUUUCCUCGACUUUAUCGAUGCCAUUUGACGGUUUCUAAAUGUUUUCGAAUGCAUAAAACAAUAUAAUCAAAAUAAACUCAUAGAAGACGAUCUAUUAUCAAAUUCAACCGUAAGUAACAUAGGUAUGUUUUCCAGGUUUCUUAGUAGUCUAUAUGUAAUCGAACAUGAUAUACUUGAGGUAGAAAAACUGUGUAUUGCAGCUGCUUUUAAUAGUCGUAGAUAUUACUAUUCCCAUUAAAAUAUCUGAUAAUCAAUGUAAUAUCGAUGGAUUGGAGUUAAAAACAAACUAAGGCUAC